UGCACUCUUCUUCUUUUGCCAUUCCCCAACUUCAACUCACUCAUCAAUCAACUAUUACCUCUUCACAACAAUAAUGGAGAAAUUCUUUUUUAUCUCUUUGUUUUUCCUUAUGUUAGUGUCAGUUUACACCCAAGGUGUGAAGGGAUCGAUCGGCGUGAACUAUGGCACGGAGGCUGACAACCUCCCUCCACCAUCUAAGGUUGCGCGUUUUUUACUAGACUCCACCGUCAUUAGACGUGUUAGAGUCUUUGAUGCCGACCGAGAAAAGCUCAGGGCGUUUGCGGGUACUGGGAUUGCCAUCACAAUCACCAUACCUAAUGACCAAAUCCCACAUCUCACCAACUUGACUUUUGCCCAAGAAUGGGUGAAAGACAUCCUCCUCCCACACACUCGUGCCACCAACAUUGUCCGCAUACUCGUUGGGAAUGAGGUUCUUUCGACUGCAAACAAGCUUUUGAUCUCAAAUCUAGUCCCUGCAAUGCUGACCCUCCAUGACGCCCUAACUAGUGAGUCGUUGGACCGUGACAUCAAGAUCUCAACCCCACACUCUUUAGGCAUACUAUCCAACUCCAGCCCCCCCUCUAUGGGGAAGUUUAGGCAGGGCUAUGAUGCUUACAUACUUAAACCUCUCCUCAACUUCUUGAAAGCCACAAACUCCCCUUUCUUGAUCAAUCCAUACCCGUUUUUCGCCUCCUUGGAUGACAAUUUGGAUUACGCCCUCUUUAGGCCAACUCUUGGGGUGGUGGAUGAAAACACCAAUCUCACUUAUACCAAUCUGUUGGAUGGGCAGCUUGAUGCUGUCUUUUCAGCCAUAAAACGGCUCGGCUUCACGGAUAUUGACAUCGUUAUAGGUGAGACCGGGUGGCCCUCUAGAGGGGAUAUAGGGCAAACAGGGGUUGAUCUAGAGAGUGCAGCAGAAUACAACAGGAAACUAAUACAACAUGUUACAUCAGGCAUUGGGACACCUCUCAUGCCUAAUGCAACAUUUGAGACAUACAUUUUUGCACUCUUUAAUGAAGAUUUAAAGCCCGGCCCGACAUGUGAGAGGAACUUUGGAUUGUUCAAUCCGAAUCUUACACCGGUCUAUGACGUAGGAAUUCUCAAGCCGGUAGCUAAUGCUGCCAAGAGAAUUCGACAUGGAGUUAGUGAUACAUGUUUGUUGAUGUUCUUAGUGCAUGUUCUUGAUAAGAUUGUGUUGAAAUAUUUGGGCCUGGCCCGCUGAGGACAAUGGUGGAUCAGGAAAGAAAACAAUGGCCCAACAUGAUAAAAG